UGAAAUCAGACAGAAUAUCAAUCAUUAUAUCGCUUCCCAAGAUACACGGUUGCAUGCUCUUCAGGAAUUGUACAACUUCAUCCAAAACUUGCUAUACGUCGAACCAGAACAGGGUUAUAAUACAACUCAUUCUGUAUGCAGAUUCUGUAUUGAAGUUCUAUCAAUGGAAUUGAUAAAUGGAGCGCAUCCAGAACAAUAGAAUUAUAUGCAGCGUUUAUAUCAGACCUAGGAAUAUAUCGCAAUUGGCUUUAGAUGAUGCAUCCAUAUGAUGAUAAUACUACUGGUAGAGAAUACUUGUACUGGUAACUAGCUACGUGAUAGGCCACGCACAUCUAGACGCAAAAUGUCGACAUACGAACUAAUGCGUAAAAUAUCAACUGCGUGGAUUUCAAUGCGGAGACGAAAGAAACAGUUUAACAUCCCAGAGUCAUAUGGCCAUACACCCUCUUCCACUAUAGUUGCAACUAGUAGGAGUCUUGGAGGUGUUCUAGCGAUUGGUAUCUAUGUGAUCGUGGCAGAGUCAGCCAAGGAGUUUGGGCCACCAGUGGUGAUAUCCUUGCUUCUCGCCGGAGUCACUGCUCUCUUAUCAGGUCUGUGUCAAUUAGAACUUGUUGCCAGGAUUCCACUGAACAAGCGUUACGGAAGGUCACUUUACUCCGUGCUCUACCAAGGUUGGGGCGAAUGGGUUGCCUUCACCAUAGGAUGGAUUCUCAUACUCCAGGAACUUUCCAUAAUAGCUGCAGUUAUGCGAACUAUUUCACAGACGUUUGAUUUCCUGCUUGGAAACCCCAUCAAUACGUUCCUUGUUAACAACACUUUGAUCAUGCCUGGGCUUGAUAAUAGAAUAGACAUCUUGUCACCCAUCUUAGGGAUUGUUUGCUUGGGAAUAUUGAUCGUGAACUUAACGCUAACGGACACACAGAGCGUCGGAGCCUGCAUCGUACACGUAUUGACGAUUAGUUUUAUAUUGAUCGUUGGGCUCUUCCAUAUCCAAUUCACUAAUUGGGCCACUGGCGGAGGUUUCUUCAAAGAAGGAAUGCGCGGGGUGUUGUCUGGGGCAGGUUGGUCCAUGUUCGCCUUCGCUGGAAGUAGUAUUGAACAACAUGGUGUUGACAGUCAAUCGAGUGUAACUGUGAUAUUUGGGAUAACCGUCAUGUCAUCAUUAAUUAUCUACUUUGCAACAGGUGCCACGAUAACGCUAUUAGUUAAAGUAUCUCAGCUCUCAAGUGAUGCUAUUCUAGCUGAAGCAUUUUAUUCAGAUGGUGCCAAUUGGAUGAAAGUACUUAUCUGUGUAGUCGAAAUGAUUCUGUUAACAUUAACCCUUCUAACAAUUGUCCAGAGGCUCCCAAAACUGUUGAUGGAGAUGAGGGAAGACGGAAUGCUGUUUGCAUGUUGCACGGGUGCCGUUAACCAGAAUUCACAAAAUCCGCUUGGGUUAUUUUUAGUUAUGACAGCAUCAGUAUCUUUGAUGGCUCUGAUAUUUAGCAUCGUUGAUCUAACGGUGGUGUUAUCUUUGACCACGUUGUUGAGUUAUGUUAUAUCCAUAAUUGUUGUACUAUUAACCCGAUAUAUGCCAUGUAUGAACCUUGAAACACCACGGAGAUCCUCUCCUAGAAGAACAGCAAUAAACACGUCAUUGCGAAAAUGUUUGGGAUCGCUCACUUCAGAUAUCAAUAAUCUAAAAAAUGAAGGAUAUUCGAAUGGAUUUAAUGAUCGAACAAAUGCUAAUGCUGGGAAGAGAGACGGUGCAUCUUUGGAUGAUGCUGCUGACAAUGCUAACAAGCAGGCGAUGGACAACUCAUCAACUAAUACGAUACGAGAGUUCGAGCCUGGUGGAACCAACAAUAAUGACUCGUUCCUCGGGGAAGAUGAAUGUCUUCCUAAUAGCUACCAAAAUGAUCCCCAAAGAGACAAUGACAGCGGAAGUGACACAGACAUAGAUCAAGUAGUUGAUGAAUACCAAUGCCAAGUCAGACUCGCUAGCAUAUGGAGAGCAAGGGAUGCUUACGGUCCAAAUCUCCCAACAUCAAAGUCAUACGCUAUAGCAGUAUGUUCUACUGUGAUAUUCAUCCUAUGUUCAAUCAUCUCCAGUUGUCUUUUGAUAUAUGGACUCGGGAAAAUACGAGAUGGAAACACGGCUACUAUUUUUGGCUUUGUGAUAAGCAGUAUUGGUGUACUUGGAUCAGGAAUUAUGAUUGGAAGACAACCCCAGGACUAUGCAACAUUAAGCCUGUCUUCCCACCAAAUGCCUUUCUGUCCAUUGGUGCCCUUAGUCGCUUUAGUUUUAAAUAUUUCGAUGGCUGUGUCAUGCAGUUCGAUGGCAUGGAUCUGGCUGCUGGCCUGGAUGAGCAUCGGAAUGGCGGUUUACUUUUGUUAUGGGAUAAAACAUGGCAACGAGGCCCAGGUUUUAUCGAAUGCCCCUGAUGAAGAACAAGUUUUACUGACACCCUCGGAUAGACUCGAAUCCGGCCAUCGAUCUUCUGAUGAUUAGUUGGACAUCGGCUUUCUGUUAUUAAUAUUAUGGUGCAAAUUUUCACCCAGCCCUAGCAAUUAGCAUAGCAUGCCUACAGCUAUGAACAUUGGCAAUUUGAGCUUUUUCGAGUGAAUACAUAAACAGGCACCAUCCUCUCCCAACCGAGUUUCUAUAAAAUGUGCUUUUUAAUUUCUCACUCAAGAAAAGAGGGCACGUCUGGACCUUGUUAUAUUUUAUUUUUAACUCUUUUAAGACUAAAUGUAAUUUAAAUGCUUGUUUAUUUUUCAUGGAAUACAUGUAGUAUUGAAUAAAUUGCUGCAUAGAAUGCUUAUUUUUAAUCAAAUCGUAAAAGUACAUUUGUUAAUUGCUGAGAAUCUUGAGUACGAACAAGUAAUAAAGUUCUAAAGCAUACCGUGUUAAUUAAUUAGAUCGACGAUAUGACAGCCUUGUAGGACAUGUGCACGUAGGAUAUUUACAUCAUUUUAUCUAUAACUUAAAA